AUGCCUUCUUUUGACCAAAGAUCAAGUAAAGCUAAGCUGAAGAAAGAUAAUGAUUUGAAGGAAACGGAAGAACAAGCCAAAGCAAAAGCAAGAACAAAUCAGGGAGCUGGUGGCUUAGACGUCAAAGAAAUGCUACGCAUAAAAGAGAAGAUCGUCCCCUCUAUACAACAUGACCCAUCUGCUAAAUCUAGUCUUUCCACAGAACCAACAUCAACUUUAGAAGUAACAGUAGAGGAGAUUCAGACCAUUGUAAAGCAUUUUACAGUAAAACUUUGUAAAGAAGCACGGGCUUCAAGUAAAAAUAUAGAUCCAAGUGUUCCUCUGACAUUUCGGCUGUCAAGACAAAUAACUCAGACUUCCAGUGCUCAAAGCACUACAAACACCGGUAGAUCAUCUGCUAGUUCUGCAACCAGACAGGUUGGUGUUAAUCCUCCUGAACCUUCUCGUGGUGGUGCCGAUCCUUUAGCUCCCAACUCUGCCGAGAGACUGGCUCAGCUAAACUCACUUGGAUUUAACUUUGAGAAGCCUAAGUACCCUGUCUAUGCUGAGUAUUCCACCAGAAUAAGCUCCUUUGAUGAUGGAUGGCCUUCACACAUGGCUCAAACACCUAGAGAGAUGGGACUAUGUUCGGUGUUUUUUUUCUGUGGUGGAGGCUUGAGGAACUGGGACAGAACAGAUGAACCGUGGAUGGAGCAUGCAAAGUGGUUCCCACGCUGUGCCUUCCUACGGAACAACAAGGGAGAUAAAUAUGUUUCCAUAGUACAUAGAAGGCACCAGGAACAGGAGGCGAGUCUUCAACCAUCUUCACAACUUCGACUUCCAGUUGGUAUGUCUCAUUUCAGUAUUUGUUCUGCAACCCCAUGUUUUAAAACGACCUCAUGUUUAUCACUGAAAUCAGAGAGAGAUGUAGAGACUAUCGUAGCCGAGGCGCUGAAGGAGAUGAGAUACACCAACCAGAUUAUACAGAGAGCCAUGAAUUAUUGGAGGAGAAACCUUAAACCUGGAAGAAGACACCCUCCACCCAUGACAGCGUCUGCUAUUCUAGACAUCAUAGAGAUACUAGAGAGUGGGAGUCAAGAGAACGCAGAGAGACAGGGGGAGACCCCCUUAACAAUACCAGAGAAGCAGGUAUUACAGGAGGACUUCCUAGGUCUGACAGAGACUAUAGUGUGUAAGGUGUGCUGUGACAAGGAUGUGGCCGCAGCCUUCCUGCCCUGCGGUCACUUGAUCUGCUGUCUGGACUGUGCCCCUGCCAUGAGGAGAUGCCCCCUCUGUGCAGAACUCAUCAAGGGCACAGUCAAAACCUACUUUGCUAAUGACUCUUGGUAAAUGUUUAUCUCAUCAUCAUAGCAAUCCUCCAUAAUCAUCUUCCACUCCCCACGGUGAAUAGGGGGCAUUUGACAGCCAUGCAACUUUAAGGAUCUUGCUCCCAUUAAAAAGAAAGAAUUGUCAUCAAGGGAUGAAUAAAACAGAAAACAUUAUUUUAAAAGAAAUCUCUAUGAUAUGAAAUGAGUUUAAUUUGUAUUGAAUGACAUUACAUUGCGAUCUCUAUGUAUACUUAAAAGAAUCUGGACAUAACUAUUAAUUUUACCCGUAUGGACAAAUCAUAAGAUAACUUGCAAAUUUACACUUUCUGAUAUAAGAUGAUUUAAAUCUUUAUAGAUUACGUUUUGAAGAAAGUAUUCUUAUGCAAGAGACUACAUUGCACACUCUUAUUCGGUUGUAGCUUGAUUUAUAGCUAUGUUGUACCAAAAUCAUUGUAUAACGUUGAGAUCUAUAAGAUUGGGUAUGCAAACAAAAUAUUAAAUGUUCACAAAAUAUCACAAUC